AUGCCACCCCGUUCGAGGAGACGUGCACGCAUACCAUCGUCAUCACCAUCAUCACCAUCACCAUCACCAUCACCACCAUCACCAUCACCACCAUCACCAUCACCAUCAUCACCAUCACCAUCACCACCACCACGGCCAAUCGACUACCCCCACCCUUUAGAAGCCUCUCCAGCUCGAGCCCUCAGCUGCCACGACCAAUGUCUUCGACAAUUCUCCGCCGCGAUCCGUAAUAAACCAAACUGGACGACCAAAGUUACAAACCGUAAAUUGAUGGUUAAAUGGAUUCGCGAGGCGGCGUUACAAGAUAGCCAAGAAUUUAGUGAAGAGAGCUAUCUUGUCCCCAUUUGGGAUACCGAUAGUAUUAAAUUUGUGACCGAGGAGUUGGUGGAUGGGUAUAAAGCUUAUGUGGAGUAUUUGAGGGAGCAAGGGAUUUGUAUAGAACCGGAUUUGGAUUGUGUGUGGAGGGCGGAUGGAUUGGUUGAGGAGGAGGUUAGGGAACAGUUGAUUGAUGCUGUGGCGACACUUGAGAAUGUUCCCAAUAAGAAAAAGGAUUGGCAUCCGGGUUCUGGAGGCCUGGUUUUGGAUCUCGUACAUCCUUCGCUGUGGCCGAUUGUAUAUGGGAAGACGAUAAGUAGUACGGAUGGGAAACCCAUACAGUGUCCAAAAGAAGCGACUGUUCCCGGUGAAAAUUCGUACUCAGACGACGAAGAUGAUUAUUACGACGACGACGAGGAGGAUGACGAUGACGACGAUGGUGCCAAAGCACGCCGAAGAGAAGAAAAACUUCUCGAAGCCCAAAAAUUAAACGGCUGGUCCACCAAAUUCUGCUGGUUACCAUCACUAUUCCAAGUCUCCCCGGAUGGAAAAUCCACAAAGAUAAAAUCCUACAUAAACAACCUAUCAACCCCUCAACAAAAGGAACUGUUUUAUCCAAUCCUUGAAAAGAUAUUUACGAAAUUCGUACCGAUGUUUAAUCACGUUCUUGCCGAUUUGGCUAGCGAGAGGGAUCGCAUUUAUCGUACUUGGGAUCCCAGUGAGUUUUGUUGGGAAGGGAGGGAUUGUCAUAUUGUUCCUAUUCCAUUGUCUGCUUUUAAGAGGAAUUGGGAAAAGUUUUUGGGACAGUAUGAGAGAGGGGAGAAGUUUUCGCGGGGAUUUGCGGAUCACUUUCGUCGGAAGCAGGGUUAUGAAUGGGGGCCGGAGCGAGGAGAGGUAGAUAGUGAUUGGGAUGACAGGAGCGAGGAAGAGGAUGAUGAGGAUGAUGAGGAUGAUGAUGAGGAGGAGGAGAAAGAAGAGGAUGACAGUUUAGACCUAGGUAUUGGGGGUAGUAUACGGAAACGAAACCAUCGUAAUAAAAAAGGGAAGGAUAGUUCUUCAUACGACGGAUACAAAAAAGUCGAGCUCUGGGAUAUCGGAAGGGUUCAAAUGUCCAGCAAGUGGUCACCACCACGGAUCACAAGCCAGAUCAAACUAGAAGGGAAAGCCGCAAAAGUCAUCGUCAAAUUGGCAAAUAUCGUCCUUACACCAAACAAUCCAGAGUAUAACGGAGGAAGUUGGCAUAUUGAGGCCAUGAAGAACGAACGGAUUUUAGCCACGGGGAUAUACUACUACGCACAAGAAAACAUUACAGAUUCCACCCUUUCUUUCCGCCGCACGGCCAGAGUCGACCAAGAUUCCCAGUGGAGUGACUCUUACUGGUCUCGACUCCACGCUAUGGGUAACACCUACGGAGUCCAAGAACUCGGAGAAAUCCAGACAAAAGAAAACCGGGCAAUAGUCUUCCCAAACGUAUACCAACACCGCGUAUCCCCAUUCACCCUAAUCGACCCCAAAAAACCAGGAUAUCGCAAAAUCUUAGCAUUCUUCCUUUGCGAUCCAGGUCAUGACGUGCCAACUACCGAAACAGUCAUGCCUCAACAACCAGAACAACGUAUUGAUCUUGAAAAAUCUCUUCGUGAAGGUCCGUUGGGUGGACUUCCCGAAGAAAUCUUCCAAGGGAUUGUGGGGGAAUUACCGCCCUUGAUUACGUUGGAUGAGGCACGUGGGUAUAGAUCGGAGUUGAUGGAGGAGCGGUCUAGCUUUACGGGACAUAGUUCGAAGGUGCAAGGGAGAUAUUAUAAUCUGUGUGAACACUAA